CAUUGAGAAACACGUACAAACAUCAAUAUUAUCAUUGAGAAACACGUAAAAACAUCAAUAUUAUCAUUGAGAAACACGUACAAACAUCAAUAUUAUCAUUGAGAAACACGUACAAACAUCAACAUAAUCAUUGAGAAACACGUACAAAAAUCAACAUAACUAUUGAGAUACACGUACAAACAUCAAUAUUAUCAUAGAGAAACACGUACAAAAAUCAAAAUAACUAUUGAGAUACACGUACAAACAUCAAUAUUAUCAUUGAGAUACACGUACAAUCAUAAAUUUAACCAUAGCGAUACAUGUGCUUACAUCAAUAUUAUCAUUAAUUAAUAAUUAUGUUAUCGUUAAUUGAAAUUUGAUGGUCUACUUAUUGAAGAUACUGCUUGGAGUAUGGAACUAAACUUUGUAAUAAGAUCGGCCAAAUUUUAACCUGUCUAUGAAAUGAUUUUAACUUAACUAUUUAGAACAUUCUUUGUUACACAAUGGAGUAGGUACACUGUAUAUAGAGUAACCUAUUUCACAUUACUUUAUCAUAAACUUGAGUCACCUACUUAUUACUAAAACGAUAUAUCUUGUCUUUCUCGUUGUACAUGUAUGUUCAAAGUCAAUGUAUUAUGCUCAGUCAUGUAUUGCAGUGUCACAAUGUCAACAAGCAGAACGCUAUUGUAUGACUCAAGGCCUGGCGAUAUAUGCAUAAUGAUAUGUGCAUUAAACCAUCAGACUGUGUGUGUCAACAAGAUGGAUCUCAGCUCGCUCCUCAGCUUUAACACUGUGACAGUGGCCAUUGCUGUGGUACUGUUGAUCCUGUUAGUUAGUCGGUCACUACAAUGGCCGGCCAAUCUCCCGCCUGGCCCAACCGGUUACCCUGUUGUAGGAAAUAUGCUUUUAUUUCGGAAGGGAAAUGCAUUGGAUAUAUUUAGAAAACUUCGAGGACAAUAUGGCGACGUUUACAGUAUAAAGAUUGGAGUAAAUCUCAAUGUGGUCAUCAAUGGAUCUGAUGCAUUAAAAGAAGCUUUCAUAAAACAUGGGGAUGAUUUCUCCGAUCGACCAGAAAACUUCUUUCCAGCACUUAUUUUAGAAAAUAAAGGUAUUGGAUUUUCCUCGGGUGAAUACUGGAAACAAACAAGGACAUUUGCUUUGUCGACACUUCGGAACUUUGGAUUUGGAAGAAGAUCGCUGGAAUCCAGAAUACAAGAGGAAAUAGCGACAUAUCUAGAUAUAAUCGAACAACAGAACGGACAACCUUACGACAUGAAGGAACUGACCACCAUGGCCAUUUCAAAUAUCAUAUGUAGUAUUACGUUUGGAAACAGAUUUGAUUACACUGAUGCGAAAUUUAAGCGUAUAACAUCCCUUUUCGCCGAAAAUUUUCGCCUAAAUUCAGUAGGAGGGGUGGGCCGAUCUCUUCCAUUCUUAAGAUUCCUUCCAGGCGAUAUGUUUAAUAUAAAAAAAAUGACUCAAAAUUUGAAGGAUAUCAAAGCUUUUGUCGAUGAGCAAAUAUCACAGCACCGAAAAACGUUCGAAGAAGAAAAUCAACGGGAUUUCAUCGAUGCAUUUUUAAGUCAGCAAAACAAACCGGAUAAAGAUGAUACGAUAUUUGAUGAUAUGAAUUUAGCAGUUUCUGUCAUCAAUUUGUUUUUUGCUGGGACUGACACAACAUCUACCAUGAUCCGCUGGGCGAUAAUUUACCUCAUUCAUAACAAACCCAUCCAGGACAAACUUCGUCAGGAGAUAGUGAGAGUAGCCGGAACUUCAAGACUUCCAUCACUUGCCAAUAAAUCCGACAUGCCAUAUUAUGAAGCGUUCAUUACGGAAGUUUUCCGUGUAGGCAACAUAGCUCCCCUCUCGGUGCCUCACGGGGCCUUGAAGGAUAUCCGGUUCCGGGGCAUGGUCAUCCCAAAAGGGUCAAUGAUCAUACCAAAUCUUGACUCCGUUAUGACAGAUCCGGACCUCUUUGAAAAUCCUGAUACUUUCAAUCCGGAGAGAUAUCUAGGAAAGGAUGGACAACUCAACGGAAAGGAAAAGACUGUGAUAACAUUUUCGCUAGGGCGGCGAAUCUGUCCCGGAGAAUCUCUGGCGAGGAUGGAGCUAUUUUUGUUUAUGACGGCACUACUGCAAAGGUUCGAAUUUCUUCCGGAAAGUCCAGACAAACUUCCAUCAACUGACGGGAUUUUGGGAUUGGCGCGUGUGUCGAAGGACUACAAAUGUCGCGUUGUCAAGCUCAAAUAAACAUGUACAUUUUGUUAAUAACCCGGAUGUUGUAACAACCGUGAUUUCACUUCCCAUAACAGUACACGUUUAUCACACGGGAAAUGUAUGUAUAAAUAUAUGCAAUGAAGAAACUCUAAAAUCACUGUAAUCAGUAUGUAUUUUACACAAAACACGUAUCUUAAUUGCUGCACCUGCCAGACAAUUGACACUUCUUAUCAAAUAAAUACAAACACCGUAGGAAUUACUUAGCAUUAAAGGCUACAUUACCCGUAGUCGAGUUUCCUCUGGUCCUGACACUAUGUCUGGUGUAGGGCCAGGCGCACUGCUAUAUGGAAACGUGGAAUUCUUCGACACCGUUAAUUUGGUGUCGCUAAGAUUUUGGUUAAGCUAAAAUGAAAUCGGGCGUGACAUAACAUCUACCUUACAUAUAUGGAUAAAUAAGAUAGUUGUUUACCUAAAAACACCCAUUUAGUCCCAUAUCGCUAUUCGCUAGUCAAAAUUUUGCACUUGACGCCAUAUUGCAAACUAUGUACAGUGUAGGUCAAGGUCGUUCUAUUAGAUAUUUCACCUUAAAUUUACCUCAAGUUGACAUGAUUUUUUCUUCAUGCGAAAAUGACCUAUUUUCAGGUUAGUUUUAUAUCAAAGAUUUUUUCAUGUCAAAUUUACAUUUUACCUGUGUAACAUUAUGGUGUGAGGACACUAUAUAAUUCGGAUUAAAGACGUUUGGUUUAUAUUUG